GGAGGAGUCCACCACGGACUCCUGGGUCAGGGAGACAAUCAGGUUCGGUCUCUCCCUGGAAUUCCUCUCCACCCCCCCCCCCGGGUCAUUUCGUCAGGUGCCCGUUAUCUUGCGACCCGACGAAACGGCUGCUCGUGGCAUCGGCCAUAAAACAUCUUCUCUCAAUUCAGGCCAUCCAAACGGUGCCACGAGACCAGCACGGUCAGGGGUUUUACUCCCGACUGUUCAUAGUCCCAAAGCCCUCGGGGGGAUGGAGAGCAAUCCUCGACCUGAAGGCUCUGAACCGCUACAUAGUCUACAGGCGGUUCAAGAUGCAGUCUCUCCAGUCCAUCUUGGAAAGCAUCAGGGAGGGGGACUUCCUCACGUCAGUAGACCUGACGGAGGCAUACUUACACGUCCCUAUCCUUCCGGCUCACAGACGAUUCCUCCGCUUCUGCCACAGGGGUCUCCAUUACCAAUAUUGUGCCCUUCCAUUCGGGCUCUCCUCGGCCCCCAGGGUCUUCUCAAAGCUAAUGGCCGUCCUCACAGCACAUCUCCGGGCUAUUCCAAUCAGAAUCCAAGCUUAUCUGGACGAUCUCCUUAUCCAAUCUCGAACAGAGACCCUGGCGGCAGCGGAUUUGUCCACAACCAUUCAGGUUCUAGAAGCCCACGGCUUCUCGAUCAAGGCCAAAAGUCACUUACAUCCUACGAAUCGAAUCCAACACUUAGGGGCCAUCAUAGACACGAUCGAGGGCCGGGUCUAUCUGUCACAGGAGCGUCUCACCAAUUUACAGAACCUAGUCAGGGGGGUAACCAAGAGACGUCUUAUUCCUUUAAAGACCCUUUCCCAACUCUUGGGGAAACUGGUCUCCUGCAUCGGCAUUGUACCUUGGGCUCGUCUCCACUGCAGGACACUGCAGUGGUUUCUACUCCCCUAUCAAAAGGCACACACAGCUACGUCACCAAUACUUGUCCAACUUCCACAACAAGUCAGGCACUCCCUUCUAUGGUGGAUCUCCCCAGCCCUGUCAAAGGGCAGAGAGUUCAGGGAACCCCAACGCCUAAUCUUGACAACAGAUGCCAGUCUUCAUGGCUGGGGCGCCCAUCUGGGAUCAAACAUGGCUCAGGGUCAGUGGUCCCCAAGGGACCUGACCCACAACAUAAACUGGUUAGAACUCAGGGCCAUUCAUCUGGCCUUACUAUCGUUCCAGGACAUUGUUCUCAAUCAAGACAUUCUAAUUCUAACGGACAAUGUGGCCGCAAAGGCUCAUGUGAACCGCCUGGGGGGAACCCACUCUCAGCCUCUCUUGCAAGAGGCAGUGCAACUGGGUCUCUGGGCGGAGGCUCACCUAAGGUCCAUACGGGCCUCUCAUAUAUCAGUGGUGGCAAACACACAGGCCGACUGGCUCAGCCGAGUCUCAGUCGACCAGGGGGAGUGGCGACUGAAUUCGGAUAUGUUCCUCGAGAUCACACUCCGCUUCGGGAACCCACUGGUAGACCUCUUUGCCACUCGAGACAAUCGUCAACUGGAUCGGUUCUUCUCAAGGUACCCAGUCCAGGGGGCGGAGGGCAUAGACGCCCUGCGCAGCCCUUGGCCCCCCGGCCUCCUUUAUGCCUUCCCUCCCAUUCCAACAAUACCCAAGGUUAUCAGGAAGAUGCUGAGGGAACAGGCGGAACUCAUCUUGCUGGCUCCACACUGGCCUCGGCGCCCGUGGUUUGCGGACCUGGUGGCUCUCUCAGUGGCUCCCCCGUGGAAACUUCCUCAGACCAAGAUCUCGCUCAGCCAAGGGCAGCUGACUCAUCCGGACCCUCAGUGGUUCAAGCUGACCGCCUGGCGCUUGAGCGGAGCCUCCUGAGGAAGAGACAUGUACCUGCCAACGUCGCCAACACCAUCCAGGCGUCUCGUCGUAGUUCCACCAUUCGCAUCUACGGCUCGACGUGGCGCACCUUCUACACCUGGUGUUCAAGCAAGAACAUAGACCCUACCACCGCUUCUACGAUCACUAUCCUGAUCUUCCUUCAACACGGAUUGGAACAAGGUCUGGCAGCGAACACGCUUCGACGACAGUUCCUGUUUUACAGCUCAGUGCGUCGGUCUGCCGCAUCAUCCUCGUCCGAAAGCUGGAAGGCACCAGGAGGAGGAGGUGCUUUUCAACUAGCAGACUCGAUCCCAUUGGAUACAGACCGAGUCACUCCCAUGCCUGGCUGCUGGUCCCGCCAACAGAGAAAGGACAUUCAGGUAGGACCAAUGUCCAUUCCAUAUCCUUUUAUACAUGAAUGGAGUUUAUGUUCCAUAAUUUUGGACUCUGAAUUGCAACCAAUAAACUAUUUUGGGUUUGUAUACCAAAUGAAAAAAGUAAAUCCUAAUUAAUUAUCGUUAAUAUUCCUGGAUACCCACAAUGGAGAAGCUAGAAAGAAUCUUGCAGGAUUGCAUUUUUCUUUGUAUUUCUUCUGCAGCUGGUGCUUUGGAGCACUUUCACAUACCAGAUGUUACCUUCAAGAGCAGAAUUGUAUAGUCUUC